CAAGAAAAUUAUGCAUGCAUUAGGGAAGCUCUGAGAGAAUGGCUGUGGAAGCUCUCCGCUGCGGUUUGAAUCCACGGGGAAUUGAUCACCCUGCCCAUGGUGAAGGUAUUAAACUACAAAUUGAAGGCGAACGUGUUGAGUCUCAAUCCAUUAAAAAUAAAACUUUCCAGAAGGUGCUUGACCAAAAAGGGACCCCCAAGCGACUGCAGACGGAAGCCGAGACAACUAAGUCGGCUACGGUGAAGCUGUCAAAACCAGUGGCCCUGUGGACCCAGCAGGAUGUCUGCAAGUGGCUGAAGAAACAUUGUCCGAAUCAGUAUCAGAUCUACAGUGAGUCAUUCAAACAGCGCGACGUAACUGGGCGAGCCCUGCCGAGACUUACAGACAAACAGCUUGAGCGAGUGGGGAUCGCCCAGGAGAACCUCCGGCAGUUCAUCUUGCAACAGGUGCUCCAGCUGAAGGUGCGCGAAGAAGUCAGAAACCUACAGUUACUCACGCAAGCCUCAGCCGAGGGUUCUCCAUAAAUGCAGUUAGCCUUCCAAGCUGCUGUCCUGCCAGUCAAUACGAACAUGGCCUGUUCCUCACAGGAAGACUUAACUGCAUUGACAGAUUAACCAGAUUAACUGGAAAACCACCCAUUCAGUCAAGAUUACCGGCUUUGGAAAAUCUUAGUUUGCUCUGGAUUUUUAAAUGAGGUGCAUGAUACACAGUGCCAACUUGUUCCAAGUGGUCAUUGGCAGACCAUUAGCUGGAAAAUUGCUUCCAGUUUUCAUCACUGUGCAUAACUGAGGCUCCCUUUGGGGAGCUGUCUGUGCCCUUCA